AUGAGAAGUGCCCACCAAUUAAUAACUCAAUUUGAACUUAAUGGUUUUACUCUGCCUUAAAUGGAAAAGAACAUGUGUAUAACCUUUCUGAAGGAUCUACUCUAAUAAAAUCCUAUUGAUAUGGAAUUCAUACUUGCAAAUACUUCACCAUCACCAUAAGAAAAGAAAUUAUUAACAACGAAAUCAAAUAUCCUCCAUCUACUAAAGGAAGACAAAGAUCCAUCUAUAAUCUAACCUAUAUUUGAUUAUAGUCAACUAGAAAAUCUAAUACCUAAGAAAAAUAGAAACAAAAUCAAUGAAAUAAAAACAAAAGUGGAAACAUUGCUUAAUAGUAAUAACAUAGAUCCUCCAUUGACUAUUAAAAAAAGGUAUUUUAUAAACUAUUUAUAUUAGAUGGUGGACAGAAGAAGAAGAUUAACAACUAAAAGAAUUAGUAACACAGCAUGGAGCAAAAAAUUGGAAAAAAAUAGCAUCUUAUUUUGAAGAAAGAACAGAUGUAUAAUGUUUACAUAGAUGGCAAAAAGUGUUAAAUCCUGAUUUAGUUAAAGGUCCUUGGACUUAAGAUGAAGAUGAAUUAUUAAUAAAAUUAGUAACAAAUUAUGGUCCUAAAAAUUGGAGUUAAAUUGCUAAGCANUAUGCAUUUCUUAUCUAAAUUUUCUGCAUAAUUAGAAUAUUAUUCCAAAUUAUAAAUAUUAAAGACAUAUUUCUAGACUAAAUUUAACUUCAUUUUAUUAUUUACAUAUUGAAUAACUCUUAUAUAUUUAAAAUUAAGUUAUUUAUUAUAUUUAUCUUUUAAAUUUUACUUUUAUUAAGUUCAACUCAUCUUAAUUUCAAUAUUUAAAAAAGUUGUAGUUUAACCAAUUUAAUCCUUUACUAAAUUAUUUUGUUAAAAUAUAAUUUUUGA